AUGGAAGAAAAGGUAGCGAAGGUCACUUCGUGGUUGAAGAAGCUUUUUGGGGACCAGCCGGUCCCUCUUUACGAAGUGAACGCCCGGACGGUGGAUGUCUUGCAUGAGCUGGCCGAAUGCAACGAGUCCAGAGAUGGGGAUGUCCGCUUGUUAAUCGAAGACACGAAGCAGAAAGCAGCGGAGUACGAGUCAGAUGGCCUCUUCCUGCAGGAACUUUUAAUGGAGAGUCUGAAUCUUUCCCUCAGCAGCCUAUCGAAAGCCAGCACGAGCUACCUAAAUAAUCUAGUGGAUAUUGCCGUGGCUCUGGAGACAAAGGACACAUCUCUUGCAAGUUUUAUUCCUGCCAUCAACGACUUGACUUCUGAUCUGUAUGGAGCGCAGUCCAAAAACAAAGAACUCGAACUCGAACUCAGCACCCUGAGGAGAAAGCUCACAUCAGCGCUUGUGCUGGAAAAACGCCUUCAGGAGGACUUUGUGAAAACCGAAGAUCUCCUGUUCGUGGAAAGAGCAAAAACGGAAAGCCGAAGGCAGUACAUGAAGUUCCUCAUUGAAAAAUCAGAAGACAUCAAAGGCCAAAUUAAAUCCACUGAGGAGCAGCUGUCUGCGAGUGGGCUGGAUGCUUCCCUGACACACGACUCACUGGUGACUCUUUCGGAGAAACUGGCAGAUUUGAAGAAGCAGGCAAUUCCUUUAAAGAAGAAACUGGAGUCUUAUCUGGAUCUCACACCGAAUCCUUCCCUUGCUCGAGUGAAGAUUGAAGAAGCCAAGAGGGAGCUGGAAAAACUGGAGGCCGAGUUUUCGAGGAAAUUGGACAUGACUGCACUUUCAGUAACUUUACCUACCAAGCGAGCAUUUGUGUAACCAUUCUGGGGCAACAAUUGUGGGUGCCGUCAAUGUUGGUUUCUCUAUUCCCUGAACAGAACAGAACCGUAUUGUAUAUAAAUUCAUUUUUCUCCCCUCCCCAGGACUAUGUUAUAGUAGUCAGUCUUUCUGAAUAAAAACUUUAACAUAAGCAUUUGUACAAGCAAUUGGGUCAGGCCAUUGCCCCGUUGUAUGCCUGUGAAAUGUUAUUGUAUCUAACUCUUCGUAGCAGGAUGACUGUUAAGUAUCUCAUUCUUGACAAUAAAGUGU